AUGGCUUCAUCCUGUCCGUUGGCCGCAUCAGGUAUCAAGUCCUCUUUCGUUGCACCGACCAUCAGUCCCAUUCCUCCUACCACCAGCAACCAUGCUUCCAUUCUACGCUCCUCUUAUCCACUCCACACUCCCUCUCCUAGCUUCAGAUCCCACGAUACCUCUACCGCCGUAUCCUCGUUAAGAGCAUACUCGGCGGACUCAGCCUCCAGGAACAACGUGCUGCAUCGGGGAAACCGCAAAAACCAUCGUCGAACGUCGAAGGCCUCCCCGAGAUCUCACGAAUCUCCCGCUUCCCGUCAGAGCUUCGUGCAUUUCGAGUCGGCCAAUAAGUCUGUGAGAGCAGCCGGGAGCCAUGUCGCAGCCGCGGCGAGCGACGUCGCAGCCGCUGCUGCGAGCGUCGCAGAAGCGUCGCUGGACGAGCGGGUGGAGCUUGGCGCGCUUGAGGGUCGGGCGAGGGAGGAAGCGGAGGCCGUGCAAGCUGCCGUCUUUCGGGCCGCACAGGAACUAGAUGAUGUAGCGGCAGAGGCUGUAGCUGCUGCUGAUGCUGCUGCAGAGGGAGAGGGAGAGACGAGGGAGGAGAGGGGUCAGGGUUUAGGGGGAGGUUCCGCAGAUGGUAGGGCGCGGACGAAGCGGUUGUUGCAGUGGGCGCGGGAGCUACACGGCGGAACCCCCCCCGCGCCUGCACUGCGCGCGCGUGAGAAUCGUGUCAUGGGCUGCGUCGCGCAGGUGUGGCUCCACGUGGAACUUGAGAAAGACACGUCAUCAACUGACGGCACAGAACUUUCCCGUCUCAAUCUCCGCCUGCAGGCCGAUAGCGAUUCGGAUUUGACACGUGGCAUCUGCCAGCUCCUCAUAGGGAUCUUUAACGGCCGCAGCGUCAGCGCCGCGCUAGCGCUAGAUUCUAACGGACCGGCAGUCAAAGCACUCUCUGCCGCCCUAAAACCCGCCGCCGCCGGCGCAUCUCCCGGUAAGGCCGCCCCCGCUGUACGCACAUCCACCUUUGUAAGCCUCCUCCUUUCCCUGCAAAAACGCGCGCGCGCCCUCGCGGCUGAGGCACUCGGACGGACUCCGUCAGUGGCUCCGUUACCGUCAAUCGUGAUCGGCCGGGGCGGGUCGAUCACCGCUCGCGGGGAUUUCGCGGUGACCCAGGCGCAGUACCUUCGACCGAACGACGCGGCAGUCGCGGCGCUAGUUAAGGAGCUAUCUAACAAGCGCGUAGGCGUCGUGGCGCAUUUCUACAUGGACGCGGAAGUUCAGGGCGUGCUGGUCGCGGCGCGCAAAUCCUGGCCGCACAUCAAGAUCUCGGAUUCGCUGGUGAUGGCUGAUGGAGCGCUGAAGAUGGCGCAGGAGGGGUGUGACUAUAUCGCAGUCCUGGGGGUGGAUUUUAUGGCGGAGAACGUGCGUUGCGUGCUUGAAAAGGGCGGCUUCGCGCACGUGCCUGUCGUGCGAAUGGCGGCGUCCCCCAUCGGGUGCUCGUUGGCGGACGCGGCGCGGAGCGACGCGUACGAGAGGUAUCUUACGGAGGCUUCGACGGUGCCUAAGUCGCUGCACGUGAUCUAUAUCAACACGGCGCUGGAUACUAAAGCCGUGGCGCAUCAUGCGGUGCCGACUAUCUCGUGCACGUCGUCCAACGUGGUGCAGACCGUUUUGCAGGCAUUCGCCCAAGUUCCGGACCUGACCCUUUGGUACGGACCAGACACGUACAUGGGAGCGAAUCUGGUCGAGAUGCUUCAGCAGCUCGCUUCCGUACCUGACGAUGAGGUUCGGUUGCUUCACCCAGACCACACCCAAGCCUCGCUCCGCGCGCUCCUGCCUCGGAUAAGAUACUUCCAGGAAGGUGCCUGCAUUGUCCACGACAUGUUUGGGCAGGAGGUUGUUUCGCGGCUCCGGGCGGCAUACUCUGACGCUUUCCACACGGCACAUUUCGAGGUGCCCGGAGAAAUGUUUGCGCUGGCAAUGGAGGCGCGUGCGAGGGGCCGCGGCACUGUUGGGUCAACGCAAAACAUUCUUGAUUUUGUAACUGCCCGAACGAGGGAGGCGUUGGAAAGGGGUUACGAAGGCGAGAGGUUGCAGUUUGUGUUGGGAACAGAGACUGGAAUGGUUACCAGCAUCGUGCAAGCGGUGCAGGACGAAUUGGCGAAGGCUGAGAGCGGUUCUGAUGGUGCAGCUGAUGUGGAAGUAGAGAUAGUGUUUCCUGUAGACAGCUCUGCUGUUGCUUCUACUAAGGAGGAUGGCAGCAGCAUUAGCAGCAGCAGCAGCAGCAGCAGUGGCAGCAGUGGGGGCAAUGGCAAGGCAGCAGGGUCAGUGGCGGCAGCAAUGCUACCAGUGGUGCCAGGCGUUAAGGGAGGAGAAGGGUGCUCUGUCACCGGGGGCUGUGCCUCGUGCCCGUAUAUGAAGAUGAACUCUCUAGACGCCCUAAUGUCUGUGUGCCACAUGUUGGGUCGAGACGAUGCUCUCACACGCCUGGCACCGUACGAGCCUGACAAGUUUGCCGAGCCUCUUGGUCCGGGCACGGUGGCGGACCUGGGGUACUUGCCGAUCCUCCACAUGAGGCAUUUCCAGGUGCCUACAAAAGCCUCCACCCCCACCACUUUUGAGUCGACUCAGAAGUCAGUUCAAUAG